CGCUGCUGUCCUUUGGGGUGCGCGCACACACACAGCUCUGCCGUUGUAAUGUGAAAGCUGCGGUGUUCCUGCUGUGUGUAACCCGCUGGACACAGCCCGCCGUACGGACCCGGUUCGCUCCCGAUCCCCCGGCGGAAUCCCCUCCGCACCGGAGAGACUCCGCAGCCAACCCCCCCCCCCCCCCACCCGCCGCAUGGAAAGCGUCUGGACUACAAAUGCGCGCACCACAACAAGAAGAACCAUGCCUAGCUGUAACGUUGCAUCGCAUGCAGAUCUAUCACAUCCUGUUGUAUCCAUUACGACUUUGAUAUGAGAGGAAUCUGCGACGCCGAGUGAAGAAACGCGUUAGUUCCUGCAGCAGAUUUCUCUCUCGUGGACCCGGAAACCUCUGCAUCUGGGAUUGUGUGUGUUUCUAUAUUUUUAUUUUUUAUUUUUUUUUUGAUGGAGCUGGAGAACAUAGUAGCCAACACUGUACUGCUUAAAGCCAGAGAGGGUGGAGGAGGAAAGAGGAAAGGGAGGAGCAAGAAAUGGAGGGAGAUCCUUCGCUUCCCACAUAUCAGCCAGUGCACUGAGCAGGGGAACGCCAUCGAGAGGGACUAUGUCAGCAUCUGUGAGAAACAGCCAAUCGGACGGCUUCUGUUCCGUCUUUACUGUGACACCAGACCCAAACUGCAGCGAUGCAUCCAGCUACUGGACGCAAUGGAAGACUACGAGGUGACCCCGGAUGAAAAGAGGAAGAGCCGAGGAGACCAGAUCAUCAAGACCUUCCUCUCACAUCAAUCCCCUCAGCGUGUCGACAUAGCCGAGGUGUUUGCAGACCAGUGCAGAGAAAACCUGGAGCUCAGUCCAUGUAAGGAGAUCUUCAGCAACUGCCACAAUGUUUUCAUCGCCUUUCUUGUCAACUUUCUUGUCGCUUUUCUUGUCUCUUUUUUCAGCCUUUCUUGUCGCCUUUCUUGCAGCCCAUCACCAAAGACACCUUCAGACAGUACCGAGUUCUCGGGAAGGGCGGCUUCGGAGAGCCAGCUGUUCUUUGGUAACAGCGAUAAGGACACCCCGGUGAUGAACCAGCUGGCGGUGCCGGUUGUUUCCCGGUACGUCCGGAUCCUCCCUCAGAGCUGGAACGGCUCUCUGUGCAUGAGGCUGGAGGUGCUCGGCUGCCCCGUGCCCGAUCCAGUGGACGUUCAAUACCGGCACAAUGAAGUGACUCCGGUGGAUUACUUGGAGUUCAAACAUCACGGCUACUCUGAGAUGGUCGCGCUGAUGAAGUCAGUGCAUGAGGAGUGUCCCAACAUCACCAGCGUCUACAGCCUGGGACGCAGCUCCAAGGGACUGGACAUCAUGGCCAUGGUCAUCUCUGGAAACCCCACAGAGCACGAAAUAGGCGAGCCGGAGCUGCGCUUCACGGCCGGUCUCCAUGGAAACGAGGCGGUGGGUCGGGAGCUGCUGCUGCUCCUCAUGCAGUACCUGUGCAAAGAGUACCAGGACAGGAACCCCCGAGUCCAGAGGCUGGUGGAGGGGAUCCGCAUCCACCUGGCUCCAUCACUCAACCCAGACGGGCACGUAGAGGCCUUCGAAGCGGGAUCCGAGCUGAGCGGAUGGACCACGGGACACUUCACUGACCACGGCGUGGACAUCUUCCAGAACUUCCCCGACCUGAAUCGGUUCCUGUGGGACGCCGAAGACAAAGGCCUGGUGCCCAAACUCACCCCCAACCACCACGUUCCCAUACCGGACGACUUCGACACCAACAGCUCGAUUGCCGUGGAAACCAAGGCCAUAAUCUCCUGGAUGAAGAGCCAUCCUUUUGUGUUGGGUGCUAACUUCCAGGGCGGGGAGAGAGUGGUGGCCUACCCUUAUGACCGCUUCAACAAGCCUGCAGUCAGCCAAACCCACAGCCGCAAGAAGAGACAGUAUGAAGAGGAAGGUUUUGAUGUGACGGAGUGGGGAAGGGGCUACCACGAAGAGCCAGAGGAAGACUGGCAAAGCAGAGGAUACGCAGAGCCAGAAGAAGAGCAGAGGGGCCAUGGCUACGACCACGGCUACGACCACGGCUACGACCAAAACCGUGGCUACGAAGACAACCGUGGCUACGACCAAAACCGUGGCUACGAAGACAACCGUGGCUACGACCAAAACCGUGGCUACGAAGAAAACCGUGGCUACGACCAAGGCUACGAACAAAACCGUGGCUACGACCAAGGGUACGAUGGUCACAACCAGGGCUAUGGCCACAGAGAGGAGGAAGAGGACGAUAGAGGAAGAAGCGGCGGCUACCAGUACGCUGAUCCGGAGGACGAGACGCGUGCGAUCCCAGACGAGUCUCUGUUCAGGUGGCUGGCGGUCUCCUACGCCUCCACGCACCUGACCAUGACGCAAAACUACCACGGCUCCUGCCACGGAGACGUCGCCGGCGGGCCACACGGCAUCGUAAACCGAGCCAAGUGGAAGCCGAUCACAGGAAGUAUGAAUGAUUUCAGCUACCUGCACACCAACUGCUUCGAGCUGUCCGUGUUCCUGGGCUGUGAUAAGUUCCCUCAUCAGGUGGAGCUGGCGUACGAGUGGGAGAAGAACAGGGAAGCUAUGCUCAUCUUCAUGGAGCAGGUGCAUCGCGGCAUCAGAGGCAUCGUGAAAGAUCAGCAGGGGAACGCCAUCGCCAACGCCACCGUGUCCGUAGAGGGAAUCAACCACGACGUCACCACAGCGCCGACGGGCGACUACUGGCGGCUGCUGAACCCGGGGGAGUACCGCGUGACGGCUCGAGCCGAAGGCUUCUCUCCCGUCACCAAACUGUGUGUGGUGGGUUACCAGUCCGGAGCCACCGCCUGCAGCUUCAACCUCGCCAAGUCCAACUGGGACCGCAUCAAACAGAUCAUGGCUCUCCACGGCAGCCGGCCGAUUCGGCUCAGCUACGGCAACAACCGAGCGCAGAGCCCCGCGGUCGCUAACGGAAACCGGCGCGUGCUGGACGGCAACAACAACAACAACUUUUCGCAGAGUUCAUCGGUCAGCGCCGAGCGGCAGAGGCGGCUCCGGAUAGCUCGCCUCCGGCGCCUCCGCCAGCUGAGACUACAGCGGUUAAGAGCAAUGGCGACGACGACGUUACCGCCGACGACCACCACGAUCACCACGAUCACCACGAUCCCCACCACGCCAGAGACGACCACUUCCUGGUACGACCCCUGGCCCGUCGAGGAGGGACAGUCCUCGACGCCGGGCGGUUUCACGGACUCCAGCCUGGAUUAUAACUACGAGUACAAGAUCGAUGACUAUUAGCCUCUCAGUCAACACGCAGCCGUCCUCCUAGACACCCCGACUAUCUUUACACGCACAUUAUAAUCACUCCUUCCAGUAAAAUGUUGGAAGGAGUUUUUUUGUGAUUGUUGUGGGCAAAAAUCCUUGAUUAUGCGGCACGUUUUCUUAAAAAAUGCGAUGGAAUAUGCGGGAUAUUUAUGCAGUUUUAUGCAAGGCAAGGCAGCUUUAUUUAUAUAGCACAUUUCAGCAACAGUCCAAUUCAAAGUUCUUUACAUAGAACAUGAAAGAGCAGUUAUAAAACAAUUUAAAAGACAAGAAUACAUUUUACAGUACAUAUAAGAAUUUAAAGAACUGAGAGAUAAAAUACGCGAAUAAAGAGCAGUUAGAACAGUUAAACAUAUAAAAGCAGAUAAAAUAGGUUAAUUGAAAAAAGGACCAAUAUGUCAGACAUCUCAAGCAGUUCGGUCCAUAUCUCUGGUUCAUCUCAACAACAAUGGGUCCUGAUGCUUCACAUGGAGGAUACAUUCCCCAUAGUUACAGAAGCUUUAGUCAAUUUCAAUAUUUUUUUUAUUUCAAAAAAUAGUUUACAGAUAUUCAGUCAUCGCAAUACGUAAAGAAAUAAGAUAC